GAGGAGUAAAACCUGCUGGCUGCCUGUCCACUGAAAAGUGAAGUGUGUUUGACGAAGCAGUGGGUGUCGGACUUUCUCUGUUAUUUGUCCUUUCUCCACUGGUUUCUGUCGUCUUUAUUUUCAUCUUUUAGAUUUUUCCAUAGUGAAACCAAACAUUGUAGCUAACUUAGAGGAUGUUUUAGAGAAGUUUUUCUAGCGUUUUUUUGAGGAACCGGUGGAAGGCGGAUACCACCGGAGAUGGAUAAGCUAACCUAUAGCUCACUUGUUAGCCGACAGUCAUAGAUCACAGAAUAGACUCGAGCUAGCAUGCUAACAACUGUCUAAUUGAGCUUUUAUCGGGUAACUGAGGGUCUUUACUCACUCCUAGCAUCAGAAUUAUUCUCUGCUAGACUUUGGGUCUUAUUUUGUCACCGUUUUUAGUCUGUCAGAGGCCAGCGAAGUCAGGAAGACUCAAUUUCUGGACAAAAAAGGAGAACGACGGCGCGGAAUUGUCGAGAAGCGACGGCUAAGUUAUCCCACCAGAUCAGUCAAACAAGACUGUGGACAUUAUGCUGUCUAACGCUCAGAACCAACCACUGUUUCCGAACCCGGCGGGCCAGCAGAACCCCACGGGCCACUUCCAUGCCAGACCCCACCUACAGAUCAAGAAGAACGCCAUAACAGAUGAGUACAAGAUCACCGGCCAGGUGCUGGGGCUCGGGAUCAAUGGCAAGGUGGUGGAAAUCUUCCAGAGGAAAACCGGUGACAAAUAUGCGUUGAAGAUGCUGCAGGACUGUCCCAAGGCACGCAGGGAAGUAGAGCUGCACUGGAGGGCGUCCCCAUGCGCCAAUAUUGUGCGCAUCAUUGAUGUUUAUGAGAAUCUCUAUCAGGGCAAGAAGUGUCUCCUUAUUGUCAUGGAGUGUAUGGACGGCGGUGAGCUUUUCAGUCGGAUCCAGGACAGAGGAGACCAGGCCUUCACAGAGAAAGAGGCGUCUGAUAUCAUGAAGAGCAUAGGAGAGGCCAUACAAUUCUUACAUGCCAUCAAUAUUGCACACCGAGAUGUGAAGCCAGAGAACUUGCUGUAUUCUUCGAAGAGGCCCAGGGCUCUCCUGAAACUAACAGACUUCGGUUUUGCCAAGGAGACGACCUCACACAACUCUUUAGAUACUCCCUGCUACACACCUUACUACGUUGCUCCAGAGGUUCUUGGCCCAGAGAAGUAUGACAAGUCAUGUGACAUGUGGUCUUUGGGCGUCAUUAUGUAUAUUCUGUUGUGUGGAUACCCUCCUUUUUAUUCUAACCAUGGCUUAGCCAUCUCUCCUGGGAUGAAGAAGAGGAUAAGGAUGGGCCAGUAUGAAUUUCCCAACCCUGAGUGGUCAGAGGUGUCGGAAGAAGCCAAACAGCUGAUCAGGACCCUCCUAAAGACUGAGCCGACCCAAAGGAUGACCAUCACAGAGUUCAUGAAUCAUCCAUGGAUCAAUCAAUCAAUGGAGGUUCCCCAGACCCCACUUCACACCAGCAGGGUUUUAAAGGAGGAGAGGGAUGCAUGGGAGGAAGUCAAGGAGGAAAUGACCAGUGCCUUGGCAACGAUGAGGGUCGACUACGAGCAAAUCAAAAUCAAGACCAUUGAAGACUCAACCAAUCCACUGCUAACGAAAAGGAGAAAGAAAGCCAACAACCCAAACUCUGCUGCCCACUGAAAGAGUCAGGCUUGCAUGCACAUACAACCCAGGUUGAGAGGAGAAAGCAAUAAUUUGUCGACACAAGUCGUACUGCAUGGAUUUUCUCAGUGUUUUAUUUUUCUUGGCAAAAGUUUUGUAAAAGUGUAUUUUUUUCUUCCUUUUUUUUUUUUUUUUUUUUGUUACUCAGCCAUUUUAACAAGCUCAUCACACUGCUGCCUGCAGGGUGAAGAGCGGGUACAUGUAUUUACACCAGAAAAGAGAUUAUGAAACGCAGGAAAACAGAGGAGAGGGGAGUUUUAGAUAUCUCUCUCAUUCUCUUUUCAAGAUAUCAGAUUGUGUAGUGAGAGAGGCAGUGAUGUUGGAUCACAACAUGAAGCCUUAGCAUUAGCUCUAGUUGAAUUUUUUGUCCCCACAGCCCCCCUUACCUGUGAAUGUUGUAUCACGUGGCUAAUCCCCAAAAAUCGAAACACGCGAAGGUUUCUCUCUGUGUACAUGCUAAGCAAGCAGAUGUAUUCUGAACUGACAGGAGGAAUGUAAAGACACUGUCUGUGGGAACCGGGAAGAAAUGGAGGCUGAUUUCUGGGAUUUGGACAGGAAGUGUCUGUCGGGUUCAGUUUGUUUUUAUGAAUGUUAAACUGAGGCCUAUGCACUCAAACAAGGGAACUGUGCCACUGACACUGCACCUCACUUGUAGCCCUUCUCUCCUUACUAAAUGUGCGCCUGUCAGACAGAGAUGGAGCAGAGAAAGACACCCCAGAACAACUCUUUCUUUCACAUGUAGCUCACUGGAGAGGAGGCAACAAAUACUGUAUUUUUUCAUGGAUUUUUAUGACCAUUUUAGCCUAGGCCUUACUGAGUAUUGCUUAUUAGCAUCUAGCUUUUAAUCCCUCCUUGGCAUUUGGUUCAAGCUUUUACCAAUGUUACCCUUCUGAUUUGAAAAUAUCGACGGAUUGUAUGUCAGGUGAAGCCUAUGCAGAUGUUUCUCAGCUUAGAAUACCAUUGAAAUUGUCUUUUUUUUAUUAUUAUUAUUAUUAAUUUUGAUUGCAAAUGUGUUGGGAAGAUGUUCUGCAUCAGUAGGAGGGAUGUAAGGCGCAGCAUCCUGUAUGGUACACACUGGCCCUUUAGAGGUUCUGUUAGAGGGCAAUAAUUAAAUUGAUGUGGAUUUAUGUCACCGUAUGUUCUGCCAUUUUCCUGAAGUUCUGAGUUGAAUUAGAAAGAACUAUGGUGCACAAUCUAAACCACCAGCAGGUUACCACACUAUAACUCUUCCCCAUCCUCAAGAGUUUGAUCAAUCUGCCAAUACACUUCCUAACUCACUUGGGAUUGUAGAAAAUAAUCAUUUGUCAUUUUGGUCUUGUCACUUUAUAAAAUCACACUCAAUUGUAUCACAUCUCUCAUAGUGAGAAUGAUAUUAUAAUUUUUUUUUUUGCCUAUCCCCGUCGAUGUGAUGAGUCGUCUUUCAACUCAUCACAUCUUUGUAGUGGAAGUGCAGAUGUGUCUGUCUUUCCCCUCGUCUUUGAGUCUGUUCAGCUCCACCUGCCAUUUUUUUGUCUGCUUUGGAUUAAAAAAAACAAAACAAAUGUAAAACAAAACUGGUUCUUCUCUGUUUUUGUGAACUGGAAAUUACUCAAAAGUCAUCAAAGACGAAAGGCGCCGCACAGAUAUCGCAUAUCUUGCCAAUGUAUGAACAUUUAGAAAAUUGGUUGCUAAAUAUUUCCGAAAAAUUUACAUUGCUUUGGAAAACUAUAAAUUAACCUGGAGGUUUAUCUCUUUAUUGCAAACUAAAAUUUUUGGGGGAAUUUUUUUUUUUUAGAUUUAUUUUGUGGAGCUAGUGGCUUUAAACAUGCAGAAAAUUUCUCAAGGACAGGAGUGAGACCCUGAAUCGUUGCGUCAAGAGCGGCUGAGGCGGCUGAGUCACAGCUGCACCGCGUGGCAUUCUGCUUCAUUGUAUUUUAUUGGAAUUUGUUUGCGAUGGACCAGUAAGAAAACAAAAGGAAAAGAAGUACACAGUUAUGAAAUUAAAGUGUUUGGUUUUUUUCCCCCAUUUUCCCAAUCCGAAAAGUGUGGUGUGUAUUUCAAUUCAGCCCCAUGACUCAAUACUUUGCUACAAUUACUAGUGAGAUUUUCCACCCUUUUAUUCAUAAAAUAGCUUAAACUCAUUGUAAUUUGUAAUUUGUAAGGUCUUUCUUAAGAUUGUCAGUUGGACUCGGAUCACCCAUUACUUGCGUACGUUGAACCUCCAAGCAGCACUCGUUACUGGUUCUCCAUAAAUGGCAGCCUGCAGCUCUGGCAUGUGAGCCAGUUCAAUAUAUAGCUCCACCAUUUGGCCUUCUUCAUCAUUCAAAGAUGGAUUCUUUCUCAAGAAGCAGUUCUUGUCAGGGGCUUCCUGAUCUACAUACUGAGAUCAUGUAGAUAGUUUCAGGACAGACUCUUUGUUCUCACAGAUAUGACAGAUGAUGACUUACUAACAUGAAUGUAAGUGUGCCAGUGCAUCAUUUAUGCAAACAGAAAAUGCAAAGACCAAUAAAUGUAAUGAUCUACUCAUAAAUCAGCUUCCUUCAAUUUGACAAUUAUGCUUUACUCUGUCGGUCUGUCAAGAAAUUCCAAUAAAACAACAGUGGGAUCAACUUCAA